AUGGCGCCGGCUGCAAAGAAGGGUGCUUCGGGGUCAUCUAAGAAGAAGCUUCCGUCAGAUCCGACGUCGGCGAAGAAUGCGAAGAAGACGACCAAGUCGCUGAUCUUCCAGAAGACUCCUCGCAACUUCCGCAUUGGCUGCAGCAUCCAGCCUCGCCGCGAACUAACAAGGUUUGUGAAGUGGCCCAAGUAUGUUCUCCUUCAGCGCCAGAGGAGGGUUUUGAUGCAGAGGCUGAAGGUGCCUCCUGCGAUCAACCAGUUCACCCACACACUCGACAAGAACCAGACUGGCCAGCUGCUGCGCCUUCUGGCGAAGUACAAGCCGGAAACUCGGGGGGAGAAGAAGGCCCGUCUUAUAGCUGAGGGAGAGAAGCAGUCAAGCGGUGCUCAGGCUACCAGCAAGAAGCCAGUGAUGCUGAAGUUCGGUCUCAACCAUGUCACGGAUUUGAUCGAGAUCAAGAAGGCCAAGCUUGUUGUCAUUGCGCACGAUGUCGUUCCCAUCGAUCUUGUCUGCUGGCUCCCUGCCCUGUGCAGGAAGAAAGACGUGCCCUACUGCAUUGUCAAGGGCAAGGCUCGACUGGGGCAACUUGUACACAAGAAGACGUGUGCAGUCAUAGCGGUAGACGCCGUCAGAAAGGAGGACCAAGCUGAGCUCGAGGCGCAGUGCAAGAACUACCGCGCGAUGUUCAAUGACAACUCCGAACUCAGGAGACGUUGGGGAGGUGGCCUUCUAGGCAUCAAGUCGCAGCACGCACAGGAGAAGAAACAGAAGCUGAUCGACGCGGAAAUGAGGAAGAAGGCGGGUCUCCAGAUAGCAUAG